CCUUGACUUGAUCAGGAGGCGCGUUUUCUCACGCUCUACUCAUCAGGUGAAACGGAUACGGACCAUUACUUCAGAAGUCCAGCAUUAACAAAAAGUAUAAUUAGGUUCAAACGAAAAUGAAAUGCAAUUUURGGAGCUCAAGUAAAUAUGGCACCGUCCUCUUCGAAUGGCUGUGUCUCUUCCUAUCAAUGUUGCAAAAUUYAGUAGAAGGCAUGAAUGUUCCAAAAUCCGAAAUAGAAUACUCCGAAGAGUUCUUUCUCCAACACAAGAAAAAUGCUCACCUAUACCCGCAGCUAGCCAGAAGUUUGGGAUCACAUGCUAUUCAGGUACUGAAAGAUCCGUUCACCGUGCUAGAUAUGGGAUGUGGUCACGGUUUGCUGGUGGAAGCCUGGAGAGAUCUUGGGAUUUCAGAAUCCUAUUGCAUCGAGGGAUCAGCUUCGGCAUCCUCCAUGUGGCCACCCGAAUACAAGGACGMGUACUACCAAGUAUUGGAUUUGACGAAAUUUAAUGACAAUGCAGAAAAAAUUCCCAAAACAGAUGUUGUUACUACCUUUGAAGUUGCUGAGCAUUUGCCGGAAGAAUCUGCAAUGGAUUUUGUCCGACUGCUUGUCCUACAUGACCCUGCGUUUGUUUUCUUUGGAGCCGCAACGGUUUUUCAAGAUAGAGGAAUGAAUCCUUCUCAUUUGAAUGAAAAUACGUUUGCAUAUUGGAUUGAAAAAUUUAAGCAGCAAGAAUACAUUCCCGAUUUCAUUUCCACUGCCUACUUGAGGAUUGAUAUAAUGGAAAAACCCGGUAUUGACGGCGCAUGGUGGUACCCAAAAAAUGUUUUUGUUUUUGUACCUGCCAGUCGGCAGCAGGAGUUAGAUCUAAAUCUCACACAGUUUCCACCUGGGAAUAAUGUCCUAGACCCAAACCUCUUGAACUGGAUGCCAGUAGAUAUGUGGAAACGUGAUUGGACGGAAUUUGGGACUCUCUUUUAUGAGGAGCAACUUAAAGCAGAGAAACGACUGGCUGCUGAUUCCGUUCCAGAGCCAGAGCUAUGAUUUGCAUAUCUGGAUGACUGUUCGAGUGGAAUGUUGAUGUAUUGUUCAUCAUGAUUUGUUUAUUGCGUUACUGAGAGUCGCUCAAUUAAGAAGGUACCAUCUCUCAACUUGUUGAAGGUCAAUUCAAAGAAAUUGCAAGGGUUUGUUCAGUAUCCAUGGGAUAAAUGGACGGAUCAAACAAUUUGACUGAACAGAUUUCAUGCUAAUAUCAUGUACAUCCCAUGAUUUAUUCACGAAAAUUAAUAAAACAUGCAAAAUUAC